GCGCUCCGCAGCCCCGGCGACAGGACGUGCCGCGGGAAACACCCUUGUUUAUGACAAACCGUGUUUGGCCGCUGCUGGCUUCGCCGAGAAUAUACAGCAAUGUCGACCUGCCGCGUGGCAGCGUGCGUGGCAGUGCUGGGCGCCGUGUGUUGCGCCCUACCGCACACCGUGCUGGCGCUAGACCUCAACCGGCUCUACGGACACCAUACCAAGCGCUCAGAGUAUUGCCACCCGUACGAGCCGUUCAAGUGUCCGGUGGACGGGAACUGCAUCUCCAUCCAGUACCUCUGCGACGGAGCCCCCGACUGCAUUGAUGGUUAUGAUGAGGACUCAAAGCUGUGCACUGCAGCCAAACGGCCUCCUGUAGAAGAGACUGCAUCAUUCUUGCAGUCGCUGCUAGCGUCGCACGGGCCGAACUACCUCGAGAAGCUGUUCGGCAGCAAGGCGAGAGACGCGCUGGAACCGCUCGGUGGCGUGGAGAAGGUGGCCAUCGCUCUGUCUGAGUCGCAGACCAUUGAAGACUUCGGUGCGGCUUUACAUCUGAUGCGAUCAGAUUUGGAGCAUCUUCGUUCUGUAUUCAUGGCUGUCGAAAAUGGCGAUCUUGGCAUGCUGAAGUCUCUCGGCAUCAAGGACUCGGAGCUUGGCGACGUCAAGUUCUUCCUGGAGAAGCUAGUAAACACUGGCUUCCUCGACUGAAUAGCGCCGGAGUCUGCCUCUGAUUAUUACCGUGUCGUCCAAUUCGCCCCCAUCAGCUCUUCAUUCUACAGCUACCUUCCUUACGAUCCCAACAGAUAUAGGAAGAAAUAACUCUUUCAUUCCCAUGUGAGAUUGGUGUGAUAUGAGUGAGGUUUUUAACUGUUUUUGAGAGGCGCUUGUCGGACUUCGGAUGCCGACUUCUACAACCGGCCACGUAGACUCGACUCGGGUCCCGACGACCUCUUCUCGUCCGCUUUUAUAGCUUUAGAUAGUCGAAAAAGCAAUUGAUUUCGUUAUCGCCCUAGGAUAGGUAUAUUUUUAUAAAGUAAUUUCUUUAGGUUUAAAACCUAAAAGUCCAUUGUUUGUUACAUAACCGGAUAAUCUGCGGAAAGCUAUGCGGUCUGGUACUCGCGUCCCCUCCGCAGAGUGCACGCAUGUUAGAAACAGCUCAUGCAAUCGUCCACUGUGUGUGUAUGUAAUAUGUAUGUAGGGAUAAACUUCAAAGAGCACUCGUGCGGUGAAGAACGGCAUAGCUUGUCGCGGUCGUAUGGAUGCUUGUAAUCUGAAUGUCGCCCUCAUGUAGUUGUACCUACUCUUCUCCUUUCUACCCACGAAGUCAGAGGCGACUCCUAGUGUCAGCGUCCAUUCUAAGCGAGAUAUAAAGCUAAACGUCGGUCGAUUAUGUUCGAGUGAUAAUGCCCUUAGAUUAUAAAAUAUUAAGAAUCGUUGAAAGAAUGCAUGCGCUUUAUAUCUGGCUUUUGGAAAAAUCCAGAAUAGGACCAUGGAUACAUAUCAUUGUAACUUAGUCUAGGCGAAACAUAUCAUAGAAUAAAUGAGUAGUAGAUAAAGUACAAUUAUUUUAAUAUGAUCGGUAUUGUAGUGUUUAUGAAACAUUUUACUGUCUCAAUAUAUGUAGUUUAAGAAAUUAUGUAGAAUUUCGUCAAAUCAUUAGAACAUAUCAAUUUUAUCGAGGAAAGCAUAAGGUGCUGCACCAAUCCCGAAACAUAUCAAAACUAUGUGAUUGUAUAAUUAGAUGUUAGAUUAUUAUAUGGUGUGUUAUUGCCAACUUUGGCUGGAGUUGGUUCUUUAUUAUACCAAAACUAGAUAUAUAAAGUAGUUGAAAAUUAAUAUGCCUACUUAAAACUUUUACAUUUAUUGAAACUACCUUCUUUUCAAAUCUACCAUAAAAUGUUGACUUUCAUUGUUUCUUAUAUAACUUACAAUCUUAUAUUUUGUACUUUAACGUCAAUCUGUAAAGCCAAUAUUAUUUUAAAGUGUUAACGUUGUAGGUAAUAAAACUUUUGUCAAAUGCGGGCUAAAAAGACAACGAAUUAUGUUUAAAAAAAAUUGGUGAUAAUAUUGCAUCAAUCAACACAUCAGAUGCCAAGAACCCGCCUCACGGGCCGUUCCAGGAGAAACUUGGCACUGAAAGUAUGUGUGUCACCAACACGACGUGUAAAUUGAUAUGGAGGUCUGUUAAUAUACGAAAAAGCAUGUUAUGGGAAAGAUGACAAGAUGCUGGAAAAGCUUAAUAGUUUAAGAGCGUAAUGAAAGAAACUACUGGAGAUACUAAACAAACACAUGAUUAAUUACACAAUUAUAAUACCUAUGAGCAUUUAAGUUCACAAAAAUUUCAAAAGCCGUUACGGAUGACGUAUUCGGAGAUCGAUUGAACAGCCUGUAUUUGCCAGAAGUUGUAUGAACUGGGCUCUAACAAGUAAUUUCUGCCGCCAAACUUAAACUAACCGCCUUUAUAGAACCAUGCCCGGUCUCCACUGGUUCCCUCUAAUCUUAAUCUUAGAUUAAGUUCGUAUUAGCAUAAGGGAUUUUCGACUUUAGUGUUUCGCAUAAUAACUUGCAUCAGAUCUCUAUUUAGUCUGUAUGAUUCUACAAAUGACGAACUUUGAGCUCUGUUAGUUAGUUACGUGUUUUUAAACUAAGUAUAAAUACAUGGCUUACUGUUCUAAAAUGAGAAAUAAAUACAUUAUCUUGA